UCCACCUUGCCACCGCACCGCAGUGCCACCGAUUUGAUGUUGAAUGAGCGCUGACACAUCCGUUACUCCGCGAGGGAUGCGGCUCCUCACCGACAUGACAUGAAACACUGAGCUCGGGCAAUGAGAAUGAGAAAUUUCUCUGGAUAAUUUUGUGACUUCCACGCCUUAACCGUUGGAGCUAAGCUUUCACAAGUUUUUUCUUUGGAUGCGAAUGCGAUGUCCUUUUUGAAUCCAUUCGGAACAGACCUUGAACGCUUUGAUGGACUAUCUCUCAUUUACUGGACACUCAUGGGUCCAUAUGGGGUCGACCGAGCUGUUCAUUCCAUGGAAUUCACAGACUGUGAGAAUGGACUGGGAAUUAAGGUCAUCGGAGGAGUGAAGGAGUUGACAGGUGAGGAGUUUGGAGUCUACGUUAAAAGGAUUUUACCCGGCGGCCUUGCUUCCAUUGAUGGGAACUUACAACCAGGAGACCAAAUACUGGAGGUGAAUGGGGAGACUUUGAUUGGAGUCACCAGUGACAGGGCGGUGGACAUUCUCAGAGCAGCGUCUUCUACCAAUCACAUGCGCCUUUUGAUCGCCAGGGAUGAAGAAGCCAGGAGAGAGUUUGGAGAGCUGCUGGAGAAGUACGGAAGCAGCGGCAGCACAGGCUCCACGCGGAACUCACCCAACCAGCAUGUAGGCAGAUAUCUGGACAGCUCGUCAUCCGGCUCCUCGUCGAGAUCCCAGAGUCCCCUGCUGCUGAGCCCAGCCGGCCAACAGAACAACUACAACAACACAGGACCUCUACUGCGCUCACUGAGUCACCCAGGGGAGGGGGUGAUCCAGCUGAUCACGCUGGCCAGGAGUUCCUGCAGUCUGGGCAUCACCCUGGGAGGAGGCUCCAACAAGCCCGACGGACCGGCCAUAUUCAUCCAGGAAGUACUGUCUGGAGGAGACUGCCACCGGGAUGGGCGAUUAAGACCAGGAGAUCAGCUGAUUGCCAUAAACAAGGAGUCCUUGAUUGGAGUCACCCACGAAGAAGCCAAAACUAUGGUCAACAAAGUCAAAUUCAGCCAGGACAGUGUGGUUGAGAUUGCCUUCAUCCCUGGCAAGGGCCUCUUCCCCAGCAGCGCCUCCCUCCACAACGGCGUCCAGAGGGGCACGGCCAACGGCUUUGCCCCCAGCCGCUUAAAAGUGCACGUUCGCGCCCCAGAGAUAUUCCCUGAAGAACCUGCCCAAGUGCCUUCAUCCACUCCUGAAAUCUGCCACACAGAAGUUCACACCCCAGGCACAGGAUCCACAGCAGCAUGUCCGAGACCUGCCAUCGUAGCCACCACUGUAGCCGCCACCGUAGCCAAACCCAAGAUCACCUUGGACCCCCACAUACGCCUCAAGUCCGAGAAGCUCGAACUGGCGCUGACGUACCUGGGCCUGGACAUCAGCGAGGACAAGAGGCGGAAGCUGAGACAGAGCCUCGCCACAGACCCCCAGGGCAACGUGUCAUACGGAGAUUUUGUGGAGGCCACUCGCAUGGUGUUCCCAGAGAAGCUGGAGGAGGCGGGACUUCUCCAGGGCCCAUUCAUGUUCUCCUAUCAGGAGGCAGCCAGUCUGAUGGACACCUCCGCCUUCCAUUCACCAACGUAUGAGUCGGAGUGCAGCUACAGCAGUGAGGAGCUGGAACACUUCCAGACGGAGGUGAAGCAGCUCCAGCAACACGUCAAGCAGCUCCAGGUGAUGCUGAAGGACUCGGAGGGCGGCAAGAAAGAGCUGGAGGAAGAGAUCCAGAAACACGCAGAGAAGAGCCCGCCGGCUGUACCAGAGGAGGAGAGCAAGAGUGUGAAGGCGGAGCGGGGGCCUCCUGCAUCAUCGACGGUGGAGACGGAGGCGGUGGUGGAGGCGGAGCCUGGGCCGGGAUCGGGGGUGGGGCCAGUGCGGUCAGUGGAUUUGGGGGCGGAGCCACGACAGUCCAACAGCGCGGAGCAAGACUACGAGGAAGUUAUCCAGCUGCUGGAGGCGGAGAUCAGAGACCUCAAGAACCAGCUGGCCGGGAAGAAGCAGCGCGGACACGAAGCCACCAAGGAGGACGUGAUGGACCUGAACAGGAAGUUGACGGCCAUCGACACACAGCUGCGGAGAUCAGAGCUGACGCGCAAACACCUGGAGAUCUCCAACAGGAAGCUUCUGGGGUUCGCUCAGAAUGUACAUAAAGUUCUCACCACCACAACGUUGUUUGGACCAGAGAGUGGGAGCUGUCGGUCCUCGCCGGCCGCAGACAGCCCAGACACCCCGUCCCCCGUCCCCGUACCCGACCCCGCCUGUCAGCUGGCUGCCGAAGCCAAGGAGUUGGUGGACGGCGUGUGCUCCCUCUGCACCGAGCCUUCAGGUGGUGUGGUGGUACGGCAUGAUUCAGAAGAGGCAGGAAGCAAGUGUUGCGAAGAUCAGUCGACGCUGUGGCCACCCCCUCCUGGCCGGCAGAGUCUCUAGAUGAGCGGAGCGGAGCAUCAGGCAGACAAGACACCGUCCCGAAGAUCAGCUGACUCACAGGAAGGAGGAUGUGGCACAAACCCGACCUGAGACUAAACACUGUAGAGGCAGAGUCUGUGAGGAGGCUUUGAAGUGAAUGUUAGUUGAAAGCUUUAUUUUUUUCUCUCUCUCGUCGUCGUCGUCUGGAUUGCUUUGUCACUGGAAAGCUACUGUGUGUAGAGAGGACGUUCUUUCCCCCUUUCCAGAUACAUACAACUGUAUCUUGUAUAAUAAUAUACCUUGUUACCAUGCAGGCAGAGUGCUUUCGCGCUGUUUUUUGGAAAAGUUGCUCAGAGCGAUCAUGGCGACAUCAUUGUUGUUGCCACUGAUGGGAGCCAGGCAGCCAAGUCAAGUUGCUGGGCCACCUUAUGGACUACAAGCCCCACGAUGCAUUGCAGCAUCACAGGAAAGCAGUACAGCCAAGAAGUUCCUACUAUGUACUUCGGUGGUCCCAAUAGGAGGGACGCUCCAGAUUCCACACAUCUCAUUAUUUGAUAUGAUGCACAUUUGUAUUUGUUCUAAGAAGAAGUGCUCUGACAUUAUAAAUAUUUUGUAUAUUUUGA